UUCUUCUUCUUUUUGUUCUUGACCGUUGAUUGAUUCAACCAAUCAUGGGUGCUCAUGUCUCUAAACAAUUAGAGAGAAGAAAAGCAAUCUCAACCGAGAAAAAAACUCUGUGUGAUCUUAAAGGAACCUGCGGCGAAGCGUAUCCAGGUUCCGAAUAUCAUCCUCCUGACAGAAAGAAUUGGAUGGCUAAUCUAAACCCCGAGAAGCUUCGUAUAAACCAGAUCGUCUGGCCCGGAACCCACGAUUCUGCUACGAAUAAGAUUGGAAUUGCUAUGAUUUCUAGACCGUUUGCUCAAUGUCAAUCUAUGUCAAUAUACAAACAGCUUUCUACAGGUGCUCGGGUUCUUGAUAUUCGCGUUCAGGAAGAUCGUCGUGUUUGCCAUGGAAUCCUGACGACGUAUAGUGUUGAUGUUGUUAUCAAUGAUGUCAAGAAAUUCUUGUCUGAAACUCAGUCUGAGAUUAUAAUUCUUGAAAUCAGGACAGAAUUCGGUCAUGAAGAUCCACCGGAUUUCGACAAGUUCUUGGAAGAACAGCUUGGUGAAUACCUGAUUCAUCAGGAUGGUCAUGUUUUUGGUAAGACAGUUGCAGAAUUGUUGCCGAAGAGAGUAAUUUGUGUUUGGAAGCCAAGAAAAUCGCCCCAGCCGAAGCACGGAAGCCCUUUAUGGAGUUCAGGGUAUUUGAAAGAUAAUUGGAUUGAUACAGAUUUGCCAUCAACAAAAUUUGAUAACAACAUUAAACAUUUGAGUGAGCAACAGCCAGUUUCUUCAAGAAAAUAUUUUUACAGGGUCGAAAAUACGGUUACUCCUCAGGCGGAUAAUCCGGUCCUAUGUGUGAAACCGGUGACAGGUCGGAUUCACGGAUACGCUAGGCUGUUCAUAACUCAGUGUUUCGCUAAAGGAUGUGCGGAUCGGUUGCAGAUCUUGUCUACUGAUUUUAUUGAUCAGGAUUUUGUUGAUGCUUGUGUUGGUGUAACACAAGCUAGGGUUGAAGGGAAGGCUUGAUUUGAUAUUUUUAAGUGUUUUACAAUUCCUUUUACUUGUUCUUGUUCAUAGAUUAUUUUUCCACUAUGAAAAUUGUGAUGUGUAAAGUUAUUUGUUUGUAUUGCUUUAUGUGUGAUGUAUAAAGUGUUUCUGAGUGGAUGAUUUUGGGUUUUGCACAUACAAA